AUGUCCACAUUCCUCAGGCAGGCCACUACCGCUGCUCGCGCCGUCUCGCGCUCACUGUCCUCGACGGCCGUCGCUCGCAAGGACCUAGUACAGGACCUCUACCUCAGGGAAUUGAAGGCAUACAAGCCUACGCCUGUGGCUAAAGACGCCCAUGUUGGAAACGUGAAGCAGUAUACUUUGCCGCCAGCACCCAAAGCACCUGCACUUCCAGCCGAUUUGGCGGGGGAGCUCACCGCAUACGAUGCUGCUGAACCCACCGCGGCAGAGGUCACAAAACCCGUAUCCACGUCGAGUGAAGAGACCAUCACUGGUGCCGACGCGUACCUUAGCUUCCUCGAGCAGGAUCUCCCGAAAGAAGAGGACCAUCAUUAG